AUGGCUGACACGCCGCUCCGACCCACGGCACUCAUGCCCACCGACGACAAUUACCCCAAUGAUCAUUACCACCUUGGCCAAGAAUUUCUGGCCUUCGCAUCUGAGAGCACGCCCCCCUACAGUGCCAAACCAACGGAGGUACUGGAAUGGGCGAGGCAGUUUGGCAUCACUGUCGAUUGUGCGCGCAGGCUGGGCGUCCCAGAGCCGGAGAUCGCGCCGCACGUCCACGCUGCGCUUUCCCGUCUGUCGCAUAGCUACCCCGCUGAUAUGCACCCUAAUAUUGAGGAGGUGGACAAGCGGACAAUCGCGUCCCCUGUCAAUACAGAGGCGGCGGCAAAGCGGGAGGCAACAAUGCUGCCAAAGGCAACAACAAAAUGGACGGUGGGUGAGUUUGUGCCCAUGGAUUGGCUGUGCGAUCGUUGUAUGGCCCUGGGUCGCACAGUUGACCAGUGCGCGGUGCGUGUGCGUGAACGGUCACAGAAGUGCGACCCAUGCUUCAUGGAAGAGAAAACGUGUACCUUCAACAAUGUGUUUCUGACACCCCGCUUGCCCACUCCGCCCUGCGAAGGUGACAUCCUGACAAUGGGUUGGGCAUGCGAUCGCUGUAUCAGGGUGAAGCGUACGGUCGGCCAGUGCAAGAUGCGCAAGCACAAAAAUAGGCUUCAAUGCGACAAAUGUUACAGGGUCCAUCAGAAGUGUACCGUCGACGGCAGGCCUCCGCUGCUGCCUCAGAAAAAAGUCGCUGAAGGCCAAUUGGAGAUACCGGAGGAGGGCCCUGAAUACGCGACUCCACCAUACCCGAGGUUUCCUCACAACGGUAAGCUCAAUGACAACUGGUAG